CCGAAGAAGCUACGAAUCUUCCCGUCGUGCCGUUUGGUGUUCAAAAACCUCCAGCUAAAUCCCACCGCCGCCCCUCCUCCUCCUCCUCCUCCUCCUCCUUUGCCUUUAAGAAACCGGAUUUGUUAAACACGGCUCUCAGUUUUUUCUCCGUUUUCAGGCCACAUGCGGAUGGUACGCCUUCUGAUUCGUGUUUUCUGCUUCUUGUUACUGUUAAUCGCUGGCGUAUCGAGCGCCGCCGAUGACGAAUCGCCGGAGGACAAGAGUACGCCGGUCCUGCUCUCCAACUUGCGGAUCCAUGAUUCCGUGAGGGUGGAUCGAGCGGGAAGCAGAUUGCUUUUGUCGCAUUCUGACCGGGAAACAGAAAUUUCUGCUAAGCUGGAUGGAACAAUUUGUUUAAGAAGGAGACUUUCUCAGAGAGAAAUCUGGUCCUUCUCAUCAGGAUCACCAAUUUACCAAGAGUAUCAAGCUCCAGGAAUCACCGGUUUCUUCAUGUCCUAUGGAAAGGAUGGGCAGUUGUAUGCGCAUCCCUCUGCCAAUAACACGAUGAAGCUUCAAACCACUAUUGAAGAAUUUAUCAAGCCCUUGCCAGUGGUGUUAGAGAAUGGAGAAAUUAUACUUGGUUCCAAGAGGACUACUGUCUAUGUGGUUGAUGCCAUUACAGGAGAACUUUUGCGCAUUUAUGGAUCACCAGAUUCACCAUCUAUUUUGCAGAGUGAUGAGAAGGUCAAUUCUUUGCAUGAUAAUAACAACCUCAAUAAGGAGCUGGUAAAGUCUGGCCCUGAAAAUACUUCUCGGCAGCAAAUUCACAUCACAAGGACUGAUUACACAAUUCAGUCUUUUCAUUCAAACUCCGACAAUAUUUCCUGGAGUAUGACAGUGGCUGAAAUUGGGGCUGUAUUACUUUGCCAAGAUUAUGAUUUUCCUUUCAUUACAGCUACUUUGCAAUCAAGCUAUGACCUUGGUUGUCAAAUUGGAAGUGAUUUUGACAUGCCAUUUGGAUGUCGUACAAAAAAUGUUGUCAUUCGUGAGCUUGAUAAUUUAGAAUCUAUAAGUAGCACUAAUCAUGACAACCCAAUGCUCCCAUUGCCUGUUUCUGGUGAGCUUGCUCUUGAGGCCAAUAUUGAAGGGUUACGAGAUCGUGGGAUGCUCCCAGCUGCUUCUUCAGGGCCUUUCCCUCCUUCACUACUCAACUCUGAUAACUCAUUAAGCUUUUCUGACAAUAAAGAAGCUGUUCUCUACAUUCCUCCUGUGGAGACAAAUGAGUUGACAACUGUUAGAAUGCCUUAUGAUGGAGUGUUAAGCAUAUUUUCUGAACGAUCAGCAGUAUUACUCUUUACUUUGCUUAUCAUAAUUAUUAUGGGCUUUCUUGUCUACCGCUAUGUUAUUGUGGCCAAAGAGCUAGCUGCACUGAAAGGUCAACCCAGUACUUCUGGUUUAAAUGUUACUCCUUCCAAGAAGAAGAAAAUCAGAAGAUCAGGGAAGAGUGGUGGCUCUGGUGAGAAAAAGGAUAAUCAUAUCUCAUCGGGGAACGAGGAUGGAUUUUCAUCCAUAGAGGGUGAGAAGAAACAGUUGUUAAAUCUUAAUAAACUUGUUGAUGGUAGCGGUGAUGGGCGUACAAUUGGCAAGCUAGUUAUAUCAAAUACAGAAAUUGCUAAGGGAAGUAAUGGCACAGUUGUACUUGAGGGAUUCUAUGAAGGGCGACCAGUUGCUGUGAAACGCCUUGUCCUAGCACAUCAUGAUGUGGCUGUUAAAGAAAUACAGAACCUCAUUGCCUCUGAUCGACAUCCAAAUAUUGUUAGAUGGUACGGAGUGGAGCAUGAUCUGGAUUUUGUUUAUCUUGCUCUGGAGCGUUGCUCUUGUAGCAUGGAUGAUCUUGUCCAAAUUUAUUCAGACGACUCCCAGAGCCAAGCCUUCACCAAAGACCAAACUUCAAGAGCUAUGACUGAGUAUAAAGUUCACUUAGAAUUGGUGAAAGGUGUCAUGCAGGAUCUUGUUUUGUGGAAAGACAAUGGCCAUCCAUCACCUCUAUUAUUGAAAUUAAUGAGGGAUGUGGUUGCUGGGCUCGCACAUUUGCAUGAAUUGGGAAUUAUUCAUCGUGAUCUAAAGCCUCAAAAUGUGUUGAUAAUUAAGGAGAAGUACUUAUGUGCAAAGGUUUCUGAUAUGGGUAUCAGUAAACGCCUUCUCCAGGAUAAAUCAUCCUUGGAUCUUCAUGCCACUGGUUGUGGUAGUUCCGGUUGGCAAGCACCUGAACAGCUUCUUCAUGGACGCCAAACACGAGCAGUUGAUAUGUUCAGUUUAGGUUGCGUCCUCUUUUUCUUUAUUACUGGGGGAAGGCACCCAUUUGGUGAUCGUCUUGAACGUGAUAUCAACAUUGUGAAGAGCCACAUGGACCUCUUUUUAGUGGACUGUAUACCUGAAGCAGUGGACUUAAUUUCUUGUUUAUUAAACCCUGACCCUGACUUGAGGCCAAAUGCGUUGGAGGUGUUGCACCAUCCUCUGUUCUGGAAUCCUGAGACAAGACUGUCAUUUUUUCGAGACACCAGUGACAGGGUCGAAUUAGAAGACAGGGAGGCUGGUUCUCAGAUCUUGAAAGGAUUGGAGAGUAUUGCACCACUGGCUCUAGGUGGAAAAUGGGAUGAGAAAAUGGAGCCUGCAUUCAUCACUAACAUUGGCCAUUAUCGCCGCUAUAAGUAUGACAGUGUCAGAGACUUGUUGCGAGUUAUGCGAAACAAGUUGAAUCAUUAUAGAGAGCUUCCAAAAGAAAUUCAGGAACUUGUAGGGCCUGUACCAGAAGGUUUUGAUAAUUAUUUUGCCAGUAGAUACCCGAAACUCUUGAUUGAAGUAUACAAAGUCAUAUACAGAUACUGUAGGGAAGAGGGUUGCUUUCAGAAGUAUUUUAGAGGCAAUGUUGUUUAAAUCCUCUGUAACCUUCUUAGUUUAUCAAAAACAGAAGCAGCUGGUUGCCAGAAGACGGAUCAAAGGUAUCAUUAUCUCAGUUACCAGCCCCCUCAGGUUGUAUAUAUUACCGCUGUAAGCCUGUAACUGUACCAAUCUAAUAAUGUAAAGCCGCCUGUAGGCUCUGUAAUUUAUAAAGUUUGGCUAAUUCACUGAUUUAUCUUACCCCUUUAGAGAGUUGUUUCAACUACGAGGCUAAAGUAUCAUUUGUGUGUACUACACAUAACACCUUUUCUCACAACACAUUAUUUAAAAAUGUAAACAAAAAAAUGUAAUAUAGUUUAAUCUGUAUU